GAAGAAACUGAGGCACAGGUGGUGAGUGCCGGAGUGACGGCCUGAACCCAGGUGUCUCUCUUAAGUACUUAUUAGCCUUACUUUGAUGGGUUAAUAAGAACCAUCUUUUCAACAGAAACCAGAGGUGGCCUCACAUUAUAUUUAUUCAUCCUGAAAUGAUGUGUUUUGUUUUAACUAAAGAGCUAAAUAUCUUUUUCAACGUUAAGUUGUUGUUACGUCCAAGAUUUGGAACCAAACCAGCUUGGACCUUUUGUUCUGCUACUUUCUGUCCAAGUGACCUAGGGCACUUGUCAAAACCUCCCAGAGCCACAGCUUGCUCACCUGUAAAAUGAAUGUUAUAAUGGCUACUCUUAUCAGGUCCUUAUGAAGUUUAAAUUAGACAAAGUAUAUGAAAAUGUCUGGCACGAAGCAAACACUCAACACUCCCCUACCUUUAUUAAAUAAAUAGGCUUUUCCAGUUUAUCCUUCAUAUACCUAUCAAAGAUAUGUUCUGAAUUUCGUAAGAUCAAAGCCAUUUUGCCUUUUAAUGCCAUCAAGAGUUCUGGAGAUGCCCUCAUUAAGUCUGUGUAUUUGUUUGCAAAUUUUUAUUUUUGUUUUUUGUUUUGUUAUUUUUUAGUUUGCCCCAUGUGUACCAGAAUCAGUGCUGCAUAGUUUGAGCCUGGUAGGAUUGACUUUACAAAUGAGACAUUUAAGUCACGUCUUCUGAGAAGUAUGAUUUGAAUGAAACUUUAACUUAUACAAGUUUUCAGGUAUUUUUAACCUGAGUUAUCAGCUGUCUGCAGUUAUUCAUAACCUGAAGGGGAGGGAUAAGAACUGCGAAUCUUAGAUACUCUGAGAACCCACUACUGUGUAAACCUACCUAUGAAAUCAUGUGCUGACAGCCCCAAAGGGAGCAUAAACCAGGGACUCUGAUAUCAUGCAGCAGAAGAGCAAAUUAUUUCUCCAGGCUUUGAAGUAUAGUAUUCCUCACCUUGGGAAAUGCAUGCAGAAACAGCACUUGAAUCACUGUAACUUCGCUGAUCAUUAUUACAAUAGAAUAAAAUUGAAAAAAUAUCACCUAACCAAGUGUCUGCAGAAUAAACCCACGAUAUCAGAGUUAGCAAGAAACAUCCCAAGUCGGAGCUUCUCAAGUAAGGAUUUUCUGCCUAUUAAACAAGAAAACGAAAAACCAAUUCCAGAAAACAUGGAUGCAUUUGAAAAAGUGAGAACAAAAUUAGAAACACAACCACAAGAAGAAUACGAAAUCAUCAAUGCAGAGGUUAAGCAUGGUGGUUUCGUUUAUUAUCAAGAAGGUUGCUGCUUGGUUCGUUCCAAAGACGAAGAAGCAGAUAAUGAUAAUUACGAAGUUUUAUUCAAUUUGGAGGAACUUAAAUUAGACCAGCCCUUCAUUGAUUGUAUCAGAGUUGCUCCUGAUGAAAAAUACGUAGCUGCUAAGAUAAGAACUGAAGAUUCUGAAGCAUCUACCUGUAUAGUUGUGAAGCUCAGUGAUCAGCCUGUAAUGGAAGCCUCUUUCCCAAAUGUGUCCAGUUUUGAAUGGGUAAAGGAUGAAGAAGAGGAAGAUGUCUUAUUCUACACUUUCCAGAGGAACCUUCGCUGUCAUGAUGUGUAUCGAGCAACUUUUGGUGAUAACAAACGUAAUGAACGUUUUUACACAGAAAAGGACCCAAGCUAUUUUGUUUUCCUAUAUCUUACAAAAGAUAGUCGUUUCCUCACCAUAAAUAUUAUGAACAAGACUACUUCUGAAGUGUGGUUGAUAGAUGGCCUAAGCCCUUGGGACCCACCAGUACUUAUCCAGAAGCGAAUACAUGGAGUCCUUUACUACGUUGAACACAGAGAUGAUGAAUUAUACAUUCUCACUAAUGUUGGCGAGCCUACAGAAUUCAAGCUCAUGAGAACAGCAGCUGAUACCCCUGCUAUUAUGAACUGGGAUUUAUUUUUCACAAUGAAGAGAAAUACCAAAGUUGUAGACUUGGACAUGUUUAAGGAUCACUGCGUUCUGUUCCUGAAGCACAGCAAUCUACUUUAUGUUAAUGUGAUUGGUCUGGCUGAUGAUUCAGUUCGGUCCCUAAAGCUCCCUCCUUGGGCCUGUGGAUUCAUAAUGGAUACAAAUUCAGACCCGAAGAACUGCCCCUUUCAGCUUUGCUCUCCAAUACGUCCCCCAAAAUAUUACACAUACAAGUUUGCAGAGGGCAAACUGUUUGAGGAAACUGGGCAUGAAGACCCAAUCACAAAGACUAGUCGUGUUUUACGUCUGGAAGCCAAAAGCAGGGAUGGAAAAUCAGUGCCAAUGACCAUUUUCCACAAAACGGAUUCUGAGGACUUACAAAAGAAACCUCUCCUGGUACAUGUAUAUGGAGCUUAUGGAAUGGAUUUAAAAAUGAAUUUCAGACCUGAAAGGCGGGUGUUGGUGGACGAUGGAUGGAUAUUAGCAUAUUGCCAUGUUCGAGGUGGUGGUGAGUUAGGCCUCCAGUGGCACGCUGAUGGCCGGCUAACUAAAAAACUCAAUGGCCUUGCUGACUUAGAGGCUUGCAUUAAGACGCUUCAUGGCCAAGGCUUUUCUCAGCCAAGUCUAACAACCCUGACUGCUUUCAGUGCUGGAGGGGUGCUUGUGGGAGCAUUGUGUAAUUCUAAUCCAGAGCUGCUGAGAGCUGUGACUUUGGAGGCACCUUUCUUGGAUGUUCUCAACACCAUGAUGGACACUACACUUCCUCUGACAUUAGAAGAAUUAGAAGAAUGGGGGAAUCCUUCAUCUGAUGAAAAACACAAGAACUACAUAAAACGUUACUGUCCAUAUCAAAAUAUUAAACCACAGCAUUAUCCUUCCAUUCACAUCACGGCUUAUGAAAACGAUGAGCGUGUACCUCUGAAAGGAAUUGUAAGCUAUACUGAGAAACUCAAGGAAGCCAUUAUGGAGCAUGCUAAGGACAGUGGUGAAGGCUAUCAGGCCCCCAAUGUUGUGUUAGAUAUUCAGCCUGGAGGCAAUCAUGUGAUUGAGGAUUCUCACAAAAAGAUCACAGCCCAAAUUAAAUUCUUGUACGAGGAACUUGGACUUGACAGCACCAGUGUUUUUGAGAAUCUUAAGAAGUACCUAAAAUUCUGAAAUGCUGCAUUCCAGGGGAAUUGGAAACACACUGAAAUAUUUCAUAGUCUUAAUUCCAAUUGGGUAAGCAAAAGUGAGAUUUUUUUUUUUUAAGUUAGUAAUUUUUUAAAAUUUGCUUCUCCAUCUAAAUUUUGUCUAGCGUACAUCUCACUUGUUUAUACUGUUCUCUCCAUUGGUGCACAUGCCCCUUAACCUAAGAAAGUGGUUUUCAAACCAUGUCCCUCAGAAGGACAUGGACUUGGGGGUGAAGGAAGGAUUGGUGACAGCACAACUCUCCCCCCGCCCCUUCAGAACAGCUUUGUUUUUGUCUGUUCUAACUCAUAUUUUCUUUGAAAAGUUUACAAAUCAAGGUCCUGCCUCUUUGCUAGUGAACGUUUUUAGACACUUCAGCAGUAAGUCAUCCUCCAGUUGCUAUGCCUGUAUUUUAUGAAAAAUAACAUUCUUCACAUUAGAAUUCACCAGAUCUUUCUAACAAUCUGGAGUCUUGAGGUGUUCCGAUCAUCUCUUAUAUUAAUGCUAUCUCAGUAAAGUUACAAGUUCUACAAG